AUGGACCUCAGUGUGAGAGCUGAGUGUGCGCUAGUAGCAACCUACGUCGCUACGGUGCUGGAGGCUCGCGCCUCACCGUUCAACUUGGCUGUUGGUCCUUUGACAGAAGUCUUCGCUAUAGAGGGGGGUCGAACCCAGCUGCCCUGUAACGUUACCCCUACAUUAGGAGACUCCCCCAUCCUCGUUCUCUUCUACAGUGGCGCUACGGGACUUCCAAUAUACAGCAUCGACGCUCGCACGGGUCCUCUGGGAAGGUCGAUUCACUGGUCUGAGUUAGGAGUUCGAGCUCACUUCGAUCUGGUCUCAACUCCCUCUGGCUUGGUCAUCGACGACGUGGCUGCGUCAGACCACGGUCACUACCGCUGCAGAGUCGACUUCAGGUCAUCCCCUACCAGGAAUCUGAGAGUUAAACUUCUGGUGGUGGUUCCACCUCGUCGACUAAGCAUCCUAAGCAGUGCUGGCCUGGAGGUUAGCGGUGUUAUUGGUCCUUACCCUGUGGGUGGCUCAUUAGCACUCACCUGUCAGGUAACCGGAGGUUCACCUCGUCCCUGGGUCAGAUGGUCCCACGAGGGGUCACUGCUUGAUGACACGGCAGAAGAGGUCACAGGUCAAGUCACCAGAAACGUCUUGACUUUACCUCGUCUGAGUCGCCAGCAUCUCUACCGUGUGUUGACCUGUAGGGCCAGUAACUCCAAUAUGACCGUCCCCUUGGCAGCCACUGUCACCUUGGAAAUGAGCUUUCCACCGCUGGAAGUGGCAAUCUUGGGGGAGAAUUCGCCGUUAUCGGAAGGACUGCGAUAUUCGCUUGUGUGUGAGGCGGGAGGUUCGCGCCCCCCUGCUGUCAUAACCUGGUGGAUGGAUGGAGUGCUCAUGACAGAUACCAAAGACCAGGUGCUGUCAGAGGGUAACGUGAGCAGGUCGACCCUUCACCUGGCACCCAACAGGAGUAACAACGGGGCCGUUAUCGCCUGCAGAGCAGACAAUCCACUCCUGGACGGUACAGCUCUAGAAGACGCAAGGAAACUUGUCGUCUAUUACUCACCACGUCUGCGUCUUCGUCCAGGCCAGAACUUGAAUAUUUCCAGCAUCAAAGAAGGAGACGAUGUUUACUUCGAGUGUGAUAUCGAAGCUAAUCCAAACGUCUUCAAGGUGCAGUGGUUCUUGAAUGGCGCAGAAUUGCAACAGAACGUGACAGCUGGGGUGAUACAAAGCAACCAGUCUCUGGUGUUACAGAGAGUAGGACGUCACUCCUCUGGCCUCUACACCUGCAGAGCUGUCAACAUUCAUGGUACAGCCACCUCGAACGCUCUGCAACUCAACGUCAAGUUUUCUCCGGUGUGUUCCGCCGGACAAAAGUGGGUCUACGGAGGGGGUCGUCACCAGCCAGUAAACGUAACUUGCCGAGUAGAGGCGUACCCAGAGGCUACCAGCUUUCGUUGGGCCUUCAACACCUCGAGUGAGUUCGUAGAGCUGCCUCACGAACGCGUAUACUCAGGCCGCAGCCGCAGCUUGGUGGUGUACACGCCACAGACCCACCAUGACUUCGGUUCUCUCCUCUGCUGGGGCCGCAAUCAAAUCGAUUUGCAGCACCAGCCAUGCGUCUUCCAUGUUGUCCCCGCUGGAGUACCAGAGCCAGUGCACAACUGCAGUGCUUGGCACAAUGGGAGUGCCGCUGGCGAGGUGGUGGUGUCGUGUCAAGCUGGCUGGAGUGGAGGUCUCUCUCAAAGCUUCACUCUCGAAGUUCGUCACGCCCCUCAGACUACCUCUGUAUCUCAAGGCUCACCACCACCCGGAAACCUACUGGCUUCUCUGAAGAACCAACCGGAGCCACACUUCACAGUCACCGGUCUGGCGCCUGGGACGGAGUACCACUUGGUUGUUGUAGCUUCCAAUGCUCAGGGACCCGCCGUACCCGUCGUCUUGGGCUACUUCACACCCAUAGACGUGGCCGAGAAGCAAACCAGCGCAGCAGCGGCCGAGUCCCCGGGACCCAACUCUCUAGUAAGCCUGGCGACAAUAGUGGGCGUUGUGGUGGGUGUGGUGGCUUCCCUGCUGGUGUGUUCUGCGGUGCUUGUGGUGGUGGUGGUUCGAGCCCGUGCUUCCCACACCCACUCCCACAGCCACACUAAGAUUGUUUACGACAAGGCUUCCGCUGCCACCGUCUCGAGACCUUGUGACGAAGGUGGUUUUGUGCAGCAGCAACAACAGAAGCAGCAAGGUCCUGAUAUUAUUCUCGUCAAGAGCGAGAGCCACGCGGAUAGCGAAGCACAACAGGAGCUGCUAAUAGAGUACAGGUCAGGUCACGAGGGGUCAUUCCACAUCAAUCCAGGUCACUUAAUUACUACUGUGUCUACAGGGAUACCGAGGGAAACAGACGCCCUCUUGGAGGAUACCUCUUCUUCAGUAGCCAACCAGAGCGUUUUACCUCCCGAGGUAUCCUCUUCCUUUCCCUGCCCUUCUUUAACCCCCUCCUGCUCUGCCUCCUUUCUUCCUUCAAUCCCACUAGCUCAAAUGAAUCCACAUCCUCUUCCAUUCACAUCCUUCUUCCCGGAAGAUUGUGGUUCCCCUCCUUCGCCUUGUCCUAGGAGCUCCCCAGGAGAGCCGCUUCCUCGGGGGCAGCCAGACCUGUGCCCGAAGGAUACCCCCACCUGCGCCCCCGUCAGAACCAUGGUUGUUACGUGCUCCCAGGGCGGCAACCACGAGAGCUCCGUCUAGUGCUCGGUCAGCUUAGUUACCAACAACGAGGCUUGUAAGAGAUCAACAGCUACCAACGAGAACAACAUAAGAGACCAACAUGGAGACCAACUUAGAAACCGACAUAUGCCAACAACGUCAAGAAUGGAUUUCAUACCUCAAAUAACUUCAUUCAACUUGUCGUGAAUGCACAGUCUCAAACACUGCACGCAAAUUCCCAUCUCACAUAACUUCACAUGAUUGCUCAUAAACUCUCAUAACUGCACAAAUUCACAUGACUGCAUGUAUGACAACAGUUUCACAUGACAGUUCACAACUUCGCAUGACCAAACAUUACUUCCCAUGACUGCACAUCACAACAUAACUAUGCAUAAUUAAAUUUAAUUAUAUAUAAAACCACAAUCAAAUAUGACUACGUGACAUGAAUGCUCAUGUCACAUACUACACAUGAUUGUGCAUAGCAUCCCAUACCACACACCGUUCUACAUCACGUCACAAAUCCUCAUAAAUGCAGAUGUAUAUACAGUAUUUGCUGUAUAGACAAGACAUCGUCACAUCAGAACAUUAAUUCACAUAAUACGCAAAUUCAUACGACUGCACAGACUCUCAUGACUACAUCAAUUCUCAUGACUACAUUGGUUCUCAUGACUACAUCAAUUUUCAUGACUACAUCGAUUCUCAUGACCAUCAAUUCUCAUGACUACAUCGAUUCUCAUGACUACAUCGAUUCUCAUGACUACAUCGAUUCUCAUGACUACAUCAAUUCUCAUGACUACAUCAAUUCUCAUGACUACAUCAAUUCUCAUGACUACAUCAAUUCUCAUGACUACAUCGAUUCUCAUGACUACAUCGAUUCUCAUGACUACAUCGAUUCUCAUGACUACAUCGAUUCUCAUGACUACAUCGAUUCUCAUGACUACAUCGAUUCUCCUGACUACGACUACAUCAAUUCUCAUGACUACAUCAGUUCUCAUAACUACAUCGAUUCUCAUGACUACAUCGAUUCUCAUGACUACAUCGAUUCUCAUGACUACAUCGAUUCUCAUGACUACAUCGAUUCUCAUAACUACAUCACUUUAAACAUAUUUACAUGCAAACAUUUUUCCUGCCUGCAAACAUCUGUGGUGUGUCGAUCUAGAUGAAACAAGGAAAGCAAG